AUGCCAGACUUGGAUUUUAUGUUCCACAUGUUCUUUCUUGCCCGAUACUGCAAGCUUCUUGAAGAGAACUCCUUCAGGGGAAGGACUGCUGAUUUCUUUUACAUGCUCUUAUUUGGUGCCUCUGUAUUAACUGGGAUCGUUCUUGUCGGCGGGAUGAUACCUUAUCUUUCAGAAUCGUUUGCUAAAAUUAUAUUCCUCAGCAACUCACUAACAUUUAUGAUGGUUUAUGUGUGGAGCAAGCAAAAUCCCUUUAUCCACAUGAGUUUCCUGGGCCUUUUCACUUUCACAGCAGCUUACUUACCAUGGGUUCUUCUGGGAUUCUCUGUCCUUGUUGGAGCCAGUGCUUGGGUUGACCUAUUGGGAAUGAUUGCUGGCCAUGCCUACUACUUUCUCGAAGACGUUUACCCACAAAUGACUGGUCGUCGGCCCUUAAAGACACCAUCAUUUAUCAAAGCACUUUUUCCCGAUGAGCCUGUUGUGGUGGCACGGCCGACAAAUGUAGGAUUUGCCCCACCACCUGCCGAGGAUCUUCACCAGGACUAGGGACACCUUAUGGCAAAAAGUAAAACCAAGUUGAUAGUAUUCCAGGGACCUGUCAUUUGAAGCAGCGUGGGCCUAGGGGACUGAUUGCUGGUCUUGUAACAUAGAAUUCUAGUACGAUUUGCUAAUUGCUUUUCUUUUCUCUUCCUUCUUGUGCAUUCUUUAUCCAAGUCGUUAUAAUAUCAAGAUCAUCAAUAUGUAAUCAAAGGUUUUUUCAACA